GCGACGGGUGACGCACAGAGUAAACACUACAGCUCUCCGCCCGGAGGACAUGUUGUCUGUAGAGCGAGUGCUGGAAGGAGGAUUACAUGCGUGCACAUGUAUGUAGACUCUCGUGACCGUUCGUUUUGCAGAAAGAACAUCCCGGGAUCGCGCAGGAAACGACUGGCUGCCGCAGGAAUAAACGUCCUCGCAAGCAGAGUUGUGUAUUGGAAGAGCCUACUUCCGCUAGUGAUCGGAUAAAUCUGUACCGAGGACAAUGCACUGCAAGAAACUUAGGAGCGAAUAUAUGAAGCGAUUCAAAGACCCCCAGUGGGAUGCCUGCUGCAAGUGCUAUGAAGACAUGCUGAAGUACAGGGUGACCCGGAGGCUGCUGGAACAUGCACACAACCCCUGGCUUUGGGAAGGCUGGGAUGAGGCUUCAGACUCCAGCAGCGGCCAAUCAACCCCACCGAAGCCCUCAGAUCCAGCGCCUGCUCCCCAUAAGCAUCCCCAGUCUGCGCCCCACAAACCCUUAGACCCCAGCACUGCUCCCAGUAAGCUGCAAGAAACAGAGGGGGGUGCCCUGGGGCAGCCUGAAGUGAAUAACCGACCAAGACAGACAGAGGGACAGAACAGUACAAACAGCAACCAAAAACACAUUCAGGGAGGAGAAGGUGAAACUGUGACUGAAGAAAAGCCUAUCGAGAAAGAAAAAUCUUCCAGACAGCAGCACAACCAGAGUGCUUCAUCUAGAUGGGAUGGACAGAAAUCAAACAGAAGUCCACAAAGAAAAGAAGUGACCAAAGAAAACAGGCAUCCGUUUGCUCUAUAUGCAUGCGGCGAGAAGAAAAAGGAUACUGGGAGCCAGAAAACCCAUAAUGUGUUUGCACCCACACAGGAAAAUGAGAUUCAUGAAUCUGCUUUGCGAGCCAGGAACAGGCGGCAAAAAGAAAGAAGGAAGCAAAUUCUCCAGAAACAGAGAGCGCGUUCUGCUGAUGCAGAAACACUUUUAAGAAGAAGAAAUUCCCCUGUAGAUAAUCCUUGGAUGACAGAAUACAUGAGAUGCUUCUCGGCAAGAGGCCGUUGAUAUUGGAGGCUUGUGCAACCCUUCGAAAGUAAUGGCUCCGGGUUUCACAAAUGCUCUGGUCUGGAUAGAAUUGGUAUUGCUUAUAUUGCUGUUUGAACUGUGACUGGUAAUAGACGUGAUUUAAGAGUUUGCGUGUGUUUGAUACAUUUAUUUAUAUUUCACAUACCAAUAUUUAUAAAUUAUUGUAUUUUUUGUAUGAAGAAUGCAUAUUGAUGAUCAUGGUUUGUAUUUUUGGGGGGAAAUACGGGGUUGCAUUGGGCAAAUAACUGCUGAUAACUUUUUUAAAUGUUUAACAUACAUUUAUGGAACCAUUUUUUAUAACUCCACUAAGCAUGUCCUCUCCUAAGGAAGCCGCAUUUUUAUCAUAGAGACCGAAAGAUGGGCACUAAUAGUAAGUUAUUUUAAUGGAGACGUAAACUAAUGAACAUACUUUUGUAUAACGAUGCUUCUAAUGUUCUGGGUUUGUAAUCUUAACAAUGAACUCUCCAGGGUGGGCUCUUAAUCCAUAGUAAGGUAAACUGGUUUAUUGCAUCGAUUCUUACCUACAACUGGGGGAAGGGUAAAAAAAAAAUGUACUGACAGCUGAUGUAUCGGGACAAAGCAUGGCAACUCUUGCAGUUGCAAUUCAAUGUGCCAGUUUUACAUUAAUUUAUAUAAAGGUUUUAUGAACA